UGCCUGCCCAAGUGACUGGCUUGCAUGUGGCCAACCAAGGGACAACCAGCAAUCUGUUUACUAAUUGGACCCGGGCUCUGGGAGACAUAGAGUUCUACCAAGUGUUACUGAUCCAUGAGAACGUGGUCAUCAAAAAUGAAAGUGUCUCCAGUGACACCAGCAGAUAUAGCUUCCACUCCCUCAAAUCAGGCAGCCUCUACUCCGUGGUGGUAACCACAGUAAGCGGAGGGAUCUCUUCCCGGCAGGUUGUGGCCGAGGGGAGGACAGUUCCUUCCAGUGUGAGUGGAGUAACGGUGAACAAUUCUGGUCGUAAUGACUACCUUGGCAUUUCCUGGCUGCCAGCACCUGGAGACGUGGAUAACUAUGUGGUGACACUCUCUCAUGACAAGGUGGUUCAGUCCCUUCUUAUUGCAAAGUCUGUAAGUGAAUGUUCCUUCAGCUCCCUCACUCCAGGCCGCCUCUACAAUGUGACCAUAACUACCAGGAGUGGCAAAUAUGAAAAUCAUUCCUUCAGCCAAGAGCGGACGGUGCCUGACAAGGUCCAGGGAGUCAGUAUUAGCAACUCAGCCAGGAGUGACUAUUUAAAGGUAUCCUGGGUGCAUGCUACUGGAGACUUUGAUCACUACGAAAUCACCAUUAAAAACAAAAACAACUUCAUUCAAACUAAAAGCGUUCCCAAAUCUGAAAAUGAGUGUAUAUUUGUUAAGCUAGUCCCUGGACGGUUGUACAGUGUUACUGUUACAACAAAAAGUGGACAAUACGAAGCCAGUGAACAAGGAAAUGGGAGAACAAUCCCAGAGCCGGUUAAGAAUUUAACAUUGCGGAAUAGAAGCACUGAGGACCUGCAGGUGACUUGGACACGAGCUGAUGGAGAUGUAGACCAGUAUGAGAUCCAACUCCUCUUCAAUGACAUGAAAGUAUUUCCUCCUUUUCACCUUGUAAAUACUGCAACUGAGUAUCGAUUCACCUCCCUAACACCAGGGCGCCUGUAUAAAAUUCUUGUUUUGACCAUCAGUGGAGAUGUACAACAGUCAGCCUUCAUUGAGGGCUUAACGGUUCCUAGUGCUGUCAAAAAUAUUCACAUUUCUCCCAAUGGGGCAACAGAUAGCCUGACGGUAAACUGGACACCUGGUGGGGGAGAUGUUGAUUCCUACAUGGUGUCAGCGUUCAGGCAGAAUCAGAAGGUUGAAUCGCAGACAAUCCCCAAGCACGUCUAUGAGCACACAUUCCACAGACUGGAGGCUGGGGAACAGUACCAGAUUGUGAUUGCCUCCAUCAGCGGGUCCCUGAGGAACCAGAUAGACACGCUUGGGCGAACAGUCCCAGCAUCUGUUCAGGGAAUAAUCGCAGAUAAUGCAUACAGCAGUCAUUCCUUACUAGUAAAUUGGCAAAAAGCUGUUGGCGUGGCAGAACGAUAUGAUAUCCUGCUUCUAAAUGAAAACGGGAUCCUUCUGAGCAACACAUCAGAACCAGCCACUGCUAAUCAACAUAAAUUUGAAGAUCUAACACCAGGAAAAAAAUACAGGAUACAAAUUCUAACUGUCAGUGGAAGCCUCUUUAGCAAGGAAGCCCAAACUGAAGGCCGAACAGUCCCUGCGGCUGUCACCAAUCUAAAGAUCACAGAGAAUUCCACUAGACACCUGUCUUUCACUUGGACCACCUCAGAAGGAGAGCUCAACUGGUACAACAUCUUUCUAUACAACCCAGAUCGAACUCUUCAGGAGAGAGCUCAAGUUGGCCCACAAGUCCAGAGCUUCACUUUCCAGAACUUGCUACAAGGCCGAAUGUACAAAAUGGUGAUUGUAACUCAUAGUGGAGAGUUGUCAAAUGAGUCUUUCAUAUUUGGGCGAACAGUCCCAGCCUCUGUGAGUAACCUCAAGGGGUCCAAUUGGAACAUGACAGACAGCCUGUGGUUCAACUGGAGUCCAGCCUCUGGGGACUUUGACUUUUAUGAGCUGAUCCUCUACAACCCCAAUGGCACUAAGAAGGAAAGCUGGAAAGAUAAGCACCUGACCGAGUGGCGUUUUCAUCGCCUAAUUCCCGGAAGGAAGUACACACUGUGUGUGGUGACUCACAGUGGAGAUCUCACCAAUAAGGUCACAGGGGAGAGCAGAACAGCGCCAAGUCCUCCCAGUCUUAUGUCAUUUGCUGAUGUUGCAAACACUUCCCUGGCGAUCACCUGGAAGGGGCCUCCAGACUGGACAGACUAUGAUGACUUUGAGGUGCAGUGGUUCCCCAGAGAUGCACUCAUUAUCUUCAACCCCUACAGCAGUAGAAAAUCAGAAGGACGCAUCGUAUAUGGUCUUCGUCCAGGAAGAUCCUAUCAAUUCAGUGUCAGGACUGUCAGUGGUGAUUCCUGGAAAACCUACAGCAAACCAAUUUUUGGAUCCGUGAGGACAAAGCCAGACAAGAUUCAAAACCUGCAUUGCCGGCCUCAGAACUCAACUGCCAUUGCCUGUUCCUGGAUCCCUCCAGAUUCUGACUUCGAUGGGUACAACAUUGAGUGCCGGAAAAUGGACACUCAAGAAGUUGAGUUUUCCAGAAAGCUGGAGAAAGAAAAAUCUCUGCUCAACAUCAUGAUGCUAGUGCCCCAUAAGAGGUACCUGGUGUCCAUUAAGGUGCAGUCUGCCGGCAUGACCAGUGAAGUGGUUGAAGACAGCACCAUCACAAUGAUAGACCGCCCUCCUCCUCCACCUCCACAUAUUCGUGUGAAUAAAAAGGAUGUGCUGAUUAGCCAAUCUUCCAUCAACUUCACUUUCAACUGCAGCUGGUUCAGCGACACCAACGGAGCUGUGAAAUACUUCACGGUGGUGGUGAGAGAAGCUGAUGGCAGUGACGAGCUGAAGCCAGAACAACAGCACCCUCUGCCUUCCUACCUGGAGUACAGACACAAUGCCUCCAUUCAAGUGUAUCAGACCAAUUAUUUUGCAAGCAAAUGUGCUGAAAGUCCUGACAGCAACUACAAGAGUUUUAACAUUAAGCUUGGAGCAGAGAUGGAGAGCCUGGGUGGAAAAUGUGAUCCCGAUCAGCAAAAAUUUUGUGAUGGACCGCUGAAGCCGCGCACUGCCUACAGAAUCAGCAUUCGGGCUUUCACACAGCUGUUUGAUGAGGAUCUUAAGGAAUUCACAAAGCCACUCUAUUCAGACACAUUUUUCUCUUUGCCUAUCACCACUGAGUCAGAGCCCUUGUUUGGAGUCAUUGAAGGUGUGAGUGCUGGUCUGUUCUUAAUUGGCAUGCUGGUAGCUGUUGUUGCCUUAUUCAUCUGCAGACAGAAAGUUAGCCAUGGUCGAGAAAGGCCCUCCGCUCGCUUGAGUAUUCGUCGGGAUCGACCAUUAUCUGUCCACUUGAACCUGGGCCAGAAAGGUAACCAGAAAACAUCUUGCCCAAUAAAAAUAAAUCAGUUUGAAGGGCAUUUUAUGAAGCUACAAGCUGACUCCAACUACCUUCUAUCCAAGGAAUAUGAGGACUUAAAGGACGUGGGUCGAAACCAAUCAUGUGACAUUGCACUCUUGCCAGAGAAUAGAGGGAAAAAUCGAUACAACAAUAUAUUGCCCUAUGAUGCCUCGCGGGUGAAGCUUUCCAACGUUGAUGAUGACCCUUGCUCUGACUACAUCAAUGCCAGCUAUAUUCCUGGCAACAACUUCAGAAGAGAAUACAUCGCUACUCAGGGACCACUUCCUGGCACCAAGGAUGACUUCUGGAAAAUGACGUGGGAACAGAAUGUUCACAACAUUGUCAUGGUGACACAGUGUGUCGAGAAGGGCCGAGUCAAGUGUGACCAUUACUGGCCAGCAGACCAGGAUUCCCUCUAUUAUGGAGACCUCAUCCUGCAGAUGCUCUCAGAGUCUGUGCUGCCAGAGUGGACCAUCAGGGAGUUUAAGAUAUGCAGUGAGGAACAGCUCGAUUCACACAGACUCAUCCGACACUUUCACUAUACGGUGUGGCCAGACCAUGGAGUCCCCGAGACCACCCAGUCUCUUAUCCAGUUUGUGAGAACUGUCAGAGAUUACAUCAACAGAACCCCUGGUGCUGGGCCCACUGUGGUGCACUGCAGUGCUGGUGUGGGUAGGACUGGAACAUUUAUUGCAUUGGACCGAAUCCUCCAGCAACUAGACUCCAAAGAUUCUGUGGACAUUUAUGGAGCAGUAAAUGACCUAAGACUUCACAGGGUUCACAUGGUCCAGACUGAGUGUCAAUAUGUAUACCUACAUCAGUGUGUAAGAGAUGUCCUCAGAGCAAGGAAGCUACGGAGUGAACAAGAAAACCCCUUGUUUCCAAUCUACGAAAAUGUGAAUCCCGAGUAUCACAGAGAUGGAGUCUAUUCAAGACAUUAAGAAUGUACCCCAAGAUCUUCUGGAUACAAGCUAUUCACUGUGUGAUUUUCUAAAAAACUUGCUUCAUGCUCUAGAAAGAUGCCA